CCAUCCUCACUCCCUCAGCCGCCGACACACAGCGAGGACGUCUCCAUCUGUUGCUAUGGCGGCCCCGGGCUCCUUGUGUCUCCUGGCAUGUGUUCUGGCCCUCAUCUCGACCUUAGGUUGUGGGAGCUACAUCAUCACUACGCCGCGUAUGUGGGUAGCCGGAUCUCCUGCCCAGGUGUGUGUGUACGUGAGUGACCCUUCAGCUCCGGCAGGUAGACUCACUAUCGCCCUCACCACCCGAGAUUGGCACAUGCAGAAGGAGGAACAGAAUGUCACCAUCAUUCCAAACACCACCAUUCAGAUCCCGGCAGGAAAGACAGAAUCAUGUUCGUACGAGGUGCCAGUGCCCAAUACGGACUAUUACCGCUGUCAGCUCCACGUAUUUGGCACAGUGGCAGGGGUCAAGAUCAACCGCACCGAGGAAAUGAGGUUGAAGAGUACUGACAAGCUCACCAUCAUCCACACAGACAAAUACCUGUAUAAACCUGGUCAAAAUGUCAAGUUCAGGAUCAUGACCGUAGAUGGACCUUACCUGCGUGUCUCCUCUGACCCUUACCGAGAAGUCUGGGUCAGAACGCCCUCCCGGACCCGCAUCGCCCAGUGGAAGAACGUGGACAACACCGCUGGGUUGGUCCACCUUGACUUCGAUCUGGCCGACGAACCCGAGAUGGGUAUGUAUCGCAUCCAGGUGAAGACAACGGGCGGUAAAACAAUACGACGGGAAUUCAAGGUGGAUGAGUUUGUGUUGCCACGUUUUGAGGUGACCAUCAAGAAGCCGAGCUAUAUACUGGCUACAGACGAUCGGUUCACCUUUACCGUGUGUGCCAACUAUGUUUACGGGCAGCCAGUCAAAGGCAACUUACAGGUGACUUUCACUAAUGGCGAGAGGGAGAAGUGCAAAGCUGAGGUUAUUCGGAACGUUACCAUCUCAGGGUGCAAGGAAGUGGAAAUAACGAACGAAGAUAUGAACAUCAUUGACUGCAAUGUGUACAGUGUGGUGGCGGACGCGAAGGUCACUGAGGAAGGUACUGGCAUCGAGAUGAAGUCAUUUAGUCGGGUUACCAUCACACGUACUGCCGUAUCCUUCAAAACUCUUUACGAAGAUCAAUACGUGAAGCCAAAUCUUCCUUUUACUCUUAAGCUGAGAGCAGAACUGCCAGAUGGUUCUCCCGCAGUUGGUGUCCCUAUGGAAGUGUGUGCAGCUGGUCGGUGUACCAACAUGACCACAGCUCCUGACGGUCUCUUCACUACAGUCUUACCAUCGUACAAGACCAACAGAGUUUUUAUGAAGACCCUCAACUGCCGGGCUCGCAUGCGUCAGUCUGAGUACUCUAAAGAUCUGGAGCACUAUUACUCCCCCUCCAACUCCUCCCUGGUGAUCCACGCCCCCGAGGGUAAACUGAAGUGUGUGUCUGGACAAACUCAGCAACACGCCCUACCUGUGCUCUUCUCUGCCAGGAACCAAGACUCGGCGGUCUUCACUGUACAGAUCGUGUCACGCGGGUUAACUCAACACUGGAGUAGCCAGGAGUAUCAGCUGAUUGGCGGAGACCUGCCCAUCAGCGUAGAGCACCUGGUGGAGCCUCUGCCUCCUCCUAUUGAGGGCACCGUCAGGGGAGUCGUCAACAUCAACAUCAACCUUCCCCCGACAGCCUCUCCCAGUGCCAAGGUGUUGGUGUGGUACACUCGUGAGGACGGGGAGGUGGUGGCAGACACCAGAGAGCUGGAGGUGGAGAAGUGUCUUGGUAGCAGCGCCAGUCUCACCUGGUCAGAGUCUCAGGCACAACCUGGACAACAGACCACUUUGACUCUCUCGUCAGAACCAAACUCCGUGUGUAGCCUCGGGGUGGUAGACAGGAGCACCGAGCUGUUGGCCUCUGACCCUGAACCCGCUACACUGGAUAAGCUGUUUGAGUUUGCCAAAGAAUUCGACAUUUCCAGUUGGAUUAACUCCCAGAUCGACACCUUCAAUUACUGCAUAAAUAAGAAAAACAGAGAGCAUGAAGAAAAGAUGGCUCGAAUGGCAACGGGAGAGCAUGUCAUUCCACCACCACUUCCAAUACACCCCAACUACUACAGCGACUACGUUGACGCUCUGGCGAUGUUUGACAAAUCUGGUUUAUACGUUUUCACCGACCUGACAGUGGAGACGAGGCCCUGCUCUGGAAGACUGGUCCACUCGUACACUCAUUCGACAAAUAGAGUGGCGGUCUACAACAUGCCGUCCCUGGCAGCCCCACCAGGCAUGCCGCGCCGACCUGUGAGCAGCCCCAGCCUAGUUUACGACUCCCCUUACGACGGGGAGGACAUGGGUGAGACGGUCAUAGAAUCAGUAGAGGCUCCCAGGACCGAAUUCCCUGAGACGUGGCUGUGGGACAUUGUCGUCCUUCCAUCGUCUGGGGUGAACAUCCAGGACCUGACACUGCCUGACACCAUCACACAGUGGGUGGGCAAGGCCGUGUGUGCCCACCCAGAGAAGGGCGUGGCACUGUCUGAGAGGGAGUCCAUCACUACCUUCACCCCCUUCUUCGUCGACCUCACCCUUCCCCCCACUGUCAAGCGUGGCGAGAUACUCCCCGUCAAGAUGUCCAUCUUCAACUACCUAGACCGACCAAUACCUGUAAGUGUUAGGGUGGAGACGAGUCCAGAAUACGAGUUAAUGGAGGGGUCAGGGACGCAAGGAGACCGUGGACGGCGUAGCUCAUGUCUACCAGCACAAGACAAGGUUGUCCACACAGUCAAGAUCAAGCCACUGGUGAUCGGUGAAGUCAACAUUACGGUGUCGGCGUUCGUGGACUACCAGUACCCUGAGCCAUGUGGGUCAGGCGACACCUCCAUCCACAGAAGUGACGCUCUGAUCAAGCCCAUCAAGGUUGAGGCUGAUGGAUUCCUAAGAGAGAAGACCUGGACCAAGUACAUCUGUUCUAAGGACUUCGUUACGGGAGAAGACUCACUGGAAGCGUGGAAUCUAGAGACGCCCUUGAUCAUCGUGGAGGGAUCAGAUCGAGCCUGGGUUACUGCCGUAGGUGAUCUCCUUGCCCUCUCACUCGAGAACCUGGGACACCUGAUCCGUAUGCCGUAUGGGUGUGGAGAGCAGAACAUGGUUAACUUCGCUCCCAACAUCUAUAUCAUGCGUUACCUCGAGGCAUCCAGUCAAACAAGCGAAGAAGCCAGCACCAAGCUCCUCACCUUCAUGAAACUCGGCUAUCAACGGGAGCUCCUGUACCGACGUAACGAUGGCUCCUACAGCGCCUUCGGGAACUCUGAUGAUUCUGGCUCUACCUGGCUGACGGCCUUCGUGCUCAAGUCCUUCGCCCAAGCUCAAAAUUAUAUCCAGAUUGACACGAAGGGUCUCAAUAAAACGACCAGUUGGCUUCUUGAGCAGCAGGGAAGUAAUGGCUGCUUCCGGUCUGUUGGUAAAGUGUUCAGCAAGUCCAUGAAGGGCGGUGUUGGCGAAAGUGACUCUCCUGUACCUCUGACGGCCUACGUGAUGAUCGCUCUGAUGGAAGCUGGUGACUUAUCUUGUAACCCCUUAUUCUGUCCAGCUGCCGAAUGCAUACAGGCCAGCACCUCCCAGGACCCCUACACCUUGGCUCUGAAAGCAUACGCCAUGGCCUUGGCUGGAUUGACUGAGGCCAAUACAGUUCUCCAGAACCUGCUUGGCCAAGCCAUCGUGGCCAAGAACUCCACCCACUGGGAGUUACCUAAAGGACCACGUAAAAGUCAAGCCGUGGAGGUGGAGAUAGCUGGGUAUGCUAUCAUGGCCAUGCUCACAAUUGAUGCAAAGAAAUACGAAGAGCAAGCGAGAAGGACGAUAAAAUGGGUCACAGCAAGAAGAAACGGCCAAGGAGGAUUCUUCUCUACGCAGGACACAGUGGUGGCCCUCCAGGCUCUGGCCAUGUAUGAGUCACACACGUACCAGGGCCCCUUGAAGGUGGUGGCAGCAGUGACAGCUACUGGGCUCUCCCAUUCCUUCACUGUCACAGACGACAACAAACUCCUGCAGCAGCUGGUAACACUGCCAACACUCCCCACCACCGUCUCUAUCACUAUGGAGGGCCAAGGAUGUGCUGUUCUCCAGGCUGUUCUUCGGUAUAAUAUUCCUGAGCCUGAAGGAAGUGAUGCCUUCAACCUGACUGUCAACACCAACACGGCUCCAGACAACAAGUGCGUCACCAAACGCAUCACGGCCUGUGCUUCCUAUCGCCUCCCUGAUGGCAAGUCUAACAUGGCUGUCAUCGAGGUGGACCUCAUCUCUGGUUACAUCCCUGAGAAAGAAGACCUGAAGAAACUUGUGAAUGACAACGUCAACAUAAAGCGUUAUGAGGUGGAUGGCAGCAAAGUUUCCUUCUACAUCGAAGAGUUAACUGCCCAAGACACCUGUGUAAACUUCCGUGCGAUACGAGUGGUUGACGUGGAGGAUGUGAAGCCUGGCACAGUGCGUGUUUACGACUACUACCAGCCUGAGUUCGAGAUAUCCAAGAGCUACACACUGCCGCCUCCAGAUGAGUGCAGUUAAGAUGAACGGACCAUUUUUGCUUCAACUGGGUCAUAUACACUCUGACGAUGGCCAUACCUGAAUACGUGGGCUCUGGAGGCUACCACUGAGGUCAUGCUUACUACUGUACCCAGAUCUGAGGUCACCAGCUGAAAGGGAAAGGUCACCAGCUGAAGGGGAAGGUCACCAGCUGAAAGGGGAAGGUCACCAGCUGAAGGGGAAGGUCACCAGCUGAAGGGGAAGGUCACCAGCUGAAUGAGAAGGUCACCAGCUGAAAGGGAAGGUCACCAGCUGAAGGGGAAGGUCACCAGCUGAAGGGGAAGGUCACCAGCUGAAGGGAAGGUCACCAGCUGAAGGGGGAAGGUCACCAGCUGAAUGAGAAGGUCACCAGCCGACUGUGUGUGGGAAGAGAUCAUGAUUCACGUACUGUAUACAAGGGUAAAGACACCAGUAAAUGACCUUGAUUUAGUUGUUGUUGAAGAAAAUGGUGAAUAAGAACGAAUUCCAUCUCUGAAUUAAAUAUAUUAUAUCUCCGGUGUAAUCAUCUCAUGUACUGUUUAAAAAUAAAUAUUUUUUUAUUUGUGGACAAGAUUGUUAAGUAACAAACUGAGAAAAAAUAAAACCACAGCACAUU